GGCGGCAUGCCUUUUUAAAGUUGGAAGAAGAAGCGGCGGUAUGGCCUGGUGCGGCUCAGUGGACUUUGCGCUGACCAUUCAUCGACUCGGCUGACUGCAGUCGGAUCCUCACCUACAAUGACUGAUCUCCAGGCUAAAUUUGAUGAUGCAGCAGCUGAGGUGAAGCAGCUGAAGGCAAAGCCGGCAGAUGAAGAAAUGCUUCAGGUCUACGCCAUGUUCAAGCAGGCCACUGUGGGUGACGUCAACACAGGUCGCCCAGGGAUGUUUGAUUUCACUGGUAAAGCUAAAUGGGAUGCCUGGGAGACCCAAAAAGGGGCAAGCUGUCAGCUAGGCUUGGCCUUCCUGCCCAGGCUGAAUGGUUAAUUGCUGUACACAUGAACCGAUGCCUUGAGAAGAGGUUUGUCAUGUUAGGUUUUGUCCUGUAUAUGCAUAUGUAGUCAUGCAGAUUUCACAGAAUAUUUAUUGGGGGAAGAAAUUCCACACUUAAAUGCACUUACCUCAACAAUACCUGUAUUGGUCAGCACAGAUUUGUAUCUGUAUUUUCCUUGAAAUGAGAGAACAUUCAUGAGUAUACAUUAUUUAUAAUUCAUCCAGUUUGAAUUCUAAUUCGAAAACUCAAUAAAUAUUAUCGAGAUAUUAUUCAAAGAACUUUCUUUUUUUGAUUUGACAGUUGUUGACUACAUACAGACGUUGAUAGCUAGGCUACUUUGUAAAUGGGACAAAAUCAAGUUAGCCAUUAUUGUGACGUGGACCGAUGCAUGAGGACACUGUACCUGGACCUCGAUGAACUUUAAUUGAAUAUAUAUUAUUAGCACACUCUGGUAUGUUUGGCAUACAACAUUUGACAUGCUAUAUAUUGGAACAUACCAUUUUUUCCCUGUCAUACUUAAUGGUAUGUUAGUAUGGGUAUUGAAAUGCACAUCGUGUGUACACCAAGCCGCCUACAUACUACUGAUGAAGGCAAUAUCCAGUACAUGCUGCAUAAUGCAUUCAUAACGAGUACACUGAAACCGUAUGCAAGAGCCUUUCAACAAGGCCAUGAAGCACAGGA